AUGCAUACAGCUACCACUCCACCGGCCCAUGGCUCAGGGUCAGGGUCGGGCUCUAUGCCUUACCCGCCUCUGCCAGCGUCGCCUACGCUCACUAAUCCCGAUAUGAUCUUGCCCGACUACGACGAUACAUGUUCCUCUCCAGAUAGGUCGCAUUCUCCCUUGAUCAUGUGGAAGAAUGCGCAUGCUGCCGAUAUGGGAUUCGAUCUCACUCCUCAGGCCUUCACGGGACCUAUUACCCCCACCACCCCAAUCAUCUAUGGUAACGGAACAAUGUUAUCAGAUAUUGGCGAAGUUACCGAAGUUGAAAGUACUUGUCCCCCGAAUAAGCCGCGAUCUGGGUCUAUACGCAGUGAUGCCUCGUUGAUGCAACCGGCCUCUUUGGCGCAGUUCGAAGCGCUUAAGAAGAAGGCUUCGCAAAUAUCUCGGGAAAGGCGCGCAUCGAUCGAUUCGACGAGCACUAUCACUACUCACGAACAAGCCGGAGUGUUUGCCGACUUCGACGACGCCGUUAGCGUUGACGAUAGUAAUUUCCAGGGCGAUGACGAGGAGAGUGUUGCUGAUUCUUUCAUCGAUGAUGCCUCUGUUCAUGAAGAUAGGAUGGCGAUUCGAGAAGUGCGUAGGGGGGUUGGUCAAGAACACUACUCGACCGCCUUAAGUCGGAGAGCCGAGCAAAUCCUUGCGAAUGCUAAACGGCGACUAACGACUAUGGAAGGAAACCUGAACCGAGCUCGAACACCUCUUUCCCCGACCUUCUCCCUGGAGUCAGGUUCGACGCCUUCACCCCCAAUUGCUAGGCCUUCAACUGCGAUCCAUCGUGACCACGACAUAAAUCACCGCAAGAGCGCGCAUGGGCACACGAGAGUAUCCAGCGAAAACAAUAUCCCCACGCUCCCGAUCGAUGUAAUUAAACCAGGUAUAUUUGUACCGAGGUCUUCGAGUGCUCUAGGUGCGGCUGGUGGCUAUCGGCCACCCCUUCAUAGCCCUCGCAGUGCAGAUUACAUUCAAGAAAAUUCGAGAAGCAGCACUGGCGCCCUCUAUGCGAAGAGCAAGUCCUCUCCUUUACACGCUAAAGAUCACAUGCUUGAACCGUUGAGUGAGGACGAUGUUUCCCAGGGUUUGGAUUCGUCUAGAACAAGUCUUGACAAUGCCAAAUUGGAUUCCUUCCUAAGCCCGAGUUUCGGGUCUUUCUCAGACAAGGGAUUAAAACGAUCCGCAUCUACGGCGCAAAUGCGAGACCUGAAAGACCAAAUGAAGGAUCUGAAGGGAAGGUUGUCGACACUGAGAGACCAGGCUCGAGCGGAUAGUCUAAAGCGCCGCAGUCUUCAGAGCCUACGAACCCCUAGUCCUUUCACACAUUCUCGAGUUGAACAAUGGUACGCGGACGCAGCCAAAUACGGAGACGCCGAAUCUGUCCAUAGCGAUAGCAAAUCGCAAUUAUCGAACGAUGAUGUUUCGAGCAUUGUUGGAGGUGAAGGAAUUGCGGCCGGAAAUGAGAUAGUGGGUCGAGAAUCUACCCCCAAUGGCGUUUUUGAUGCGGAGGACAGCGCCCCUGUUGAACCAAUCAUUGAGAAUGGUGAUUUAUCUGCUCCAGACCAAGUUGAAGAUGACCUUGACGAUAUGAGAACCCAGGAUGGCUCUGACGAGGGAGGUGACGAAGCAGACCAAGAAAAUGGGAUCGAGGUAGAGGCAGAGACCGAGAUGGAGGAGGUCGAGCAGGACGUAGUGGAUGAUAGUGCGAGCGAGAGUGGUGCAUCGGCGUACUUUGAUUCUGUUCAAAACCAGGUCUCCCAUGAAGACCGUGAAGAUGCUUUCGAUUAUGAGCAUUUCUUCCUUCACAGCGCAAUGGGUACCAUGAGCCAGAAUCGUAUGAGGAAGAGAGGAAGUCGUGAUAGCUUCAGCUCGGAAGAUUCGGUGGAAACAACUCGGGGUCCGAUAGCAUCUACUAACGGAAGGUCGGGUCGAAGCCGUUCCCGCAGGGCCAGCAUUGGUUCGACUUCGUCCGUGGAGUCAUUUGCAACGGCCACGGAGGGAAGAACCACGAGAACAGACAAUGAGGCAGCGGAGGCUUAUCGCGAACGUGGCGUUAUAAUACCUAAGCGUGCUCGAACGCAUACGCCUGACACGGCUAGACGUGCUGGCUUUGCAAACGAGACGAGCGAUUCCGGUUCUGAUAAGGUUCGACCCAGGCCCUCCGACAUUCGCCGGCCGCAGAGCAGUGCGGCGGCUUUUAUGCAUCGGCCUUCUAUAUCAUCACUCGAUUCAAGCAAGACCCAUCGAAGUUUUCCGUUGGUCAACAAGCCGAAGGUGAAUGGUGGUAUUUUGACGCCACGAGAGUCACCGGACCGAGAGCUGAGGCGGAUAUCAGAGGCUCUCUUUGAUGAGAGCCUUGGCAGCGUUCAGAGCGGGGAUAGUAAGGUUGCCCCGAUCGAAAUGUUGCAAAAGGACGACCGGAUACUCGUUGAACGUCUUAUUGCGAACCUUGGCCGGUGUGUUCUCGGUUUGGCUGAGUCGGGUCGCGGUACGACCGAAUACCGAUCAUACCGAAGGAGAAUAGAUGCUGCGAGACGGGUAUUGGAGAAUUUGGAAGGACCUGCGUAA